AUGGACGGGUCUCAGGGCCAGGCAGGCCAGCAGCAGCAGCCAAUGUCGCAAACACAGCAGCACUCCAACCUGAUCCGGACCGACCAGGUGCAGAAGCUCCCACACCUGAACGACCAGCAGAAAGCCCAGCACACCCAGCUGGUGCGCACUCUGUGGGAGGUCCUCAAUACCCGCGAUCCGCAGAGCCAUGAAUAUCAGACUGCGCAUGUGAAGCUGUCACAACUAUCCCAAAACUUGAUGAAGGGCAUGCGGAUGUUCCAGCAGACCCGACAGCAGGCACUCCAGCAGCAUCAAGCCCAGGCGGCCGCUGCGGCCGUGCAACAGCAACAAGGCCAGCCCCAGCAAGGUCAACCCGUCCAGCGGACCCAGUCCAACAACCCCCAGAACCUCAGCCAGCUUCUUCCCCAGAUCCAGGCGAAGGUUAGCUCGUUGAACUUCUACCUCCCCCCGAACGUGACCCAGGAGCAGGUACAAAACUGGAUUCCUGAGGCUCGGCUACGAUAUGGUAUUGCGCUUCAAAAACAAGAGGUUGGGCGCGCCCGGAUUGCAGACCUGCGCCAGCAGUUCUCGCAGCGUCAAAGUCAGGGCAAUAUGACACAGGAGGAGGUGCAGGAGUUCAAAAACCGACAGUUGGCGGCGGAGAAGCUGUUCCGGGAAGGGAGCGACUUUUUGACCAAGUUCAAAGACCAGCAGGAGAGCUUCAAGGCGCAGUCCCAGCCCGGUCAGCAGAUGAAUCCACAGGGACAAGCGACAACUGCACCCUCAGCACAGCAGCCUGCGGUUCCCGCAGCACCAUCCGCAAAUGUUGCCGCGUCUCAAGCCGCUCCUCCCAAUCAGGCCGGUAAUGCAACCAAUGCUAUGCCUGGCCAGGCUCCAACGCCAGCACCCCACACCAUCAACUCGGCUGUCAAUGCGGCCCGCAGCCAGGCUGGUGCGGCGAUGUCGCCCUCGACGUCCCAGCCAGGGCAGGCUCCAUCCGCAUCCUCGGCUGGUGCGACACCUGCACCUUCCCAUGCGCAACCACCAGCACAGCGACUUCAACCGCCAUCGCAGCAGGGCACGCCCGGCGCACAAGUCACCUUCAGCCAAACACCCAACCCGGACGGUUCGACCCCCACUCCGACGGGACCUCCCCAGCAAAUGAACCAAGGCCCUCCUCGGCCUCUCUCACAAGCAGCCGCUAUGCAGCAAGCUGCAAAUUAUAACACCAGCAACCAAGGCCAGCAGCAGGGCCAGCAGGUCAACCAGGCCGCAAACAAUCAGCAGACCCACCCACCUGGCUACCUCACCAACCGCUCAACCGAAACCCCCAACCGCAGCAUCAACAUGGUCAUCCCCAAGAACUUGAAUGUCUCGACUCCUGAGCCCGUCCCCAUGCCUGGCUCACGCCCCACUUUCUCUGGUGGCCCCGGUCACAGUCAGAUGGGUGUGAUGGGCCAGCCAGCCAUUCAGAAGCACCCAGGCUACGUCCUCGAAGGUGAGGGCCAGCACGUCCUCAGCAAGAAGAUGCUCGACAUCCUCGUGCGCCAGGUCACCGGCGGUGGCGAAGGGGAGAUGCUGUCACCCGACGCAGAAGAGUUCAUGCUCCAGAUGGCCGAUGACUUCGUCGACGACGUGAUCACCCAGGCCUGCCGCCUGGCCAAGCUUCGGCCCUCGUCGACUCUCGAGAUCCGCGACAUCCAGCUCGUCCUGGAGCGCAACUACAACAUGCGCAUCUCGGGCUUCGCCACUGAUGACCUCCGCACCGUCAAGAAGCCCCAGCCUACGCAGGGCUGGCUGCAGAAGAUGUCUGCCAUCCAAGCGGCCAAGGUCACGCAGGGCCGCGCUGAGUGA